AUGCCCAUGCUCAGCCAAAAGAGCGGACCCGCCUCAUUCGCAUACCAUCUUCCACGAAGGCGAUUUUCGCGAUACUUCACACUCGCCAUAAGCGCAGUGCUCUUCAUUUUCAUAUGGUACCUCAUACGGUCGUCUUGGGCGAGCAGGGCAGAGGUACAGCUGGGCUUGAAGAAACCACCGCCUCCUCCUCCGGCAUGGGAGCAGUUUCCAUUCCUGAAGAGAUACCAUGGCGGUAUCAGAACGCUGGUCAGCCGGACGGAGAAUACUCCAGAAUACCCCGUGGACAACGAUGAGGAGGUGAAGAGACUGCAGGACGAGGCGUUGAGGCAGAAGGAGCAGCAGGACCUACAAGUUAGCAAGGAGAAAGGCUUCCAGAAGCGAGCUGCGCUCGCAAGUCUGCGAUUCGAUCCAUACAGCACGAGUAACGUGAAUGGCGACUUUGAGAUGCCAGUCAAAUGCUAUUUGGACAACAAGACCAAACUGGAGAUUCCACAGCUGUUGAGCUAUCAGGGCGUGACGAAAGGCUUUCCGAAUCCAGUCAUGGGCAGCUAUGAUAUCUUCGGACUGAGAGACGACAUAUGCUUUGAAAGAUAUGGCAGACUGGGACCGUACGGGUAUGGCUACAGCAGGAAGUUUGGUGGCAGUGGUGCUGGUAUGGAGGGUGAAAAGGAAGGCUCCGAGCAAGUCUGGAAAGGCUACGAAGAAGAGGUGAACUACAAAAACGUGCAGUGGGCAGAAGCGCAGGAACGCUGCAUCAAGGACAACGCGCAUCGCUUCAAGCCGGCGCCCAAAUUGCAGCGGAACCACUUCUUUACGUCUAUGGCUCUAGGUGGGCCAGCGAAAGAGAAGCAGAGUGAAGACCAAGUUCCGGAGAAGACUCUGAGCGGAAAGCAGUAUCUCAACCGCACAGCAGUCAUUAUUCGAACGUGGUGGGACUACAACUAUGACGACGAGGAUCUGUUCUACCUGCGAGCUCUGGUGAACGAGUUAAGUCUACACUCUGGAGCAGAAUAUGACGUGCACUUUCUCAUCCACGUCAAAGACGACAACAUGCAGAUAUGGGCAGACGAGGACACCUAUCAGCGCGUACUUAAUGACGCAUUACCUGCCGAAUUCAGAGGCAUGGGUACAUUGUGGUCGGAGCGGCAAAUGGGCCUGAUCUAUGGCGGUGUUGCAGAGUCAUUCUACCGCGACCUUCCAGUACAUGGCGCAUAUCGAAGUACGUACAUGCCGAUGCAAUACUUUGCACACAUGCACCCAGAAUACGAGUUUCUAUGGCAUUGGGAGAUGGAUAUCCGCUAUACGGGCAACUUUUAUCACCUCUUCAAGCAGGUCUCGCAAUGGGCAAAACAGCAGCCGAGAAAGGGACUGUGGGAACGAAACGGCCGCUUUUACGUUCCUGCCGAGCAUGGAACCUGGGAAGAGUUCAAGCAGAUGGUGCGCGUCCAGACUCAGCACGGCACAGCGCAGAAAGCUUCGGUUUAUGGCAAGCUGGCGGCAGAUGCUGGCUCAAAACAUCCAAUGGACGAGGAGUCACGUAGGGCCGAGAACGCAAUUUGGGGUCCACUGCGACCAACUGGAGAAGGCGACGAGACAGACUUGCCAGACUCAGAUCCUCAGCCUCCAACAACCUACGACAAGGACAACUAUGAAUGGGGCGUCGGUGAGGAAGCAGACUUCAUCACCUUCAACCCACUCUUCGAUCCUCACAACACGAAUUGGAUCCUUGCCGAGGAUGUCACAGGCUAUAACACAACGGAAGGAUACCCUCCACGCAGGACGGCUAUUAUCACAGCUUCACGUCUCAGUCGAAGACUAUUGGAGACAAUGCAUCGAGAGACAGCGCUCAAACGUCACACCAUGUUCUCCGAGAUGUGGCCUGGCAGCUGCGCUCUGCAUCACGGAUACAAGGCUGUCUACGCACCACAUCCGGUCUAUGUCGAUCGUGCAUGGCCUACAAGCUAUCUGGCAGCCAUAUUCAAUAAUGGCAUCAACGGCGCUGCAGGCGGUGCACGGACUAGCGUCUUCUCGGAUGAGAGACAGCACAACUUCCUCGGCACGACAUGGUACUACCACGCUGGCUUCUCUCCCAAUCUGUGGAAGAGAUGGCUGGGUUUCAAGGUAGACAAUGAUGGUGGUGAGGAGUACGAAAAGGCGAACGAAGGCAGGAUGUGCUUACCUGCAAUGCUACUACAUCCUGUAAAGCAAGUGGAUAUGAUAUACGAACAUCGGGAAGGCGAAUGA